UAAAACGGAGAUUUUCGGGUUUGAAUUCUGUAUAAGUGAGUCAGAUAUUGUGGUUUGCUGAAAAGGGAAAGAAAAUCCAACACUAUUAUCACUGUUUGAUCGUGUGAUUUAUGCGUUUUGAUUUUGUUUUUCGAUAAUUCAACCAUCAAUGGAGGAUUUGGAGAUCUGUGAUUUUCAUGAAAUGAAAGUUGAAAAUUUCUCAUCAAGCGAAAGAGACUCACAGAAGAGGAUUUCUUUUUAUUCACACCCUAAAAGUUUUCUCAAAAACUUUAGACUUCCGAGUCGUUCCGUAACCUUGUUUUAAUUUGUUAUUUCCCCUUUGUUUACGUUAUACUUUAUUUUUUGAUAUUAACACUCUACAAUCAAAAUGAAGCUCUUGGAAAAUUCAAGAUUUGAACAAAUUAAUAGUGCUCUUAACAUGCAGCUGGAAACUUCCAGGAUAGAAGGGAGAAUUGAGAGCUACUCUUGCAAGAUGGCUGGAAACGAUAAGAAGCUUUUUAAGCUGAUCAGUCAGGAGGGGGGUGUAGGACCACUGGACCUCCAAGCUCUGUCCCCUCCCCAGACAGUUCUGUCCCACAGCCCAACCAAGCCCUACAGUAAGAGUUUUGGCUCUGUGGAGAGUGAAGGAUACCUGUGUGACACCAUUCCCACCAAAACAUUAUUCUAUCUGAUUUCUACCCUGAAUGCCUCCUUCAAUCCAGAUUAUGACUUCAGCAAUGCCAAGAGUGAGGAAUUUAGCAAGGAGCCAAGCAUCGAAUGGGUAGUAAACACAGUGGACACAGAACUGAACGCUGCUGCUGGAGAAUUAUUCGCUGGGUUGAAACAAACUCUGUGGGCAGCAAUUGAUGAGGAAAUCAAUCUCCAGGAUUGUGAAAUCUACAGCUACAAUCCUGACCUGAUCUCAGACCCAUUUGGGGAAGAAGGCAGCAUUUGGUCAUUUAACUACUUUUUCUACAACAAGAAGCUCAAGAGAAUUGUUUUCUUCACCUGCAGGGCAUACAGUGUGUCCGCCCCCUAUAAUUGUGACUCCGGAAUUGGCCAGGACAGUGAGAUGUUUGAUUAUUCUGACAACAUGGAGUUUUCCCAGGAGUGAGUGCCCACUUCGUCUGGUGGUUUGUGUGGACCUCUCGAUGGAAUGAUGAUAGUGCGACAUACCUGUCCUGUUUUCUGAAGCACGAGAGUUGUCUGUCCUUUACUACCAUUCUCAUCACAUUGAGGAGAUUCAGUUGUGUUAUUUUAUUUUUAUUUACUUGCCAUGUAAUUUAGAAUUUUAUUGCCUCCCUGUGUGGGUUGGGAUGUUUUAAUGUAAAUUUAUCAACAUUUUUAUGUUCUCUGUCAUUAUUUCUGUAUUUUUAUUCAUUAUCUCAUACUGUAUAUAUCUGUACUCAAUCUUUUUUUUCCUUCCAACUUUGAUUAAAUGUAAAUACUGGUGUUUUAUUAGAAGAAUUCUUGUAUGUAAACAAGUAAAUAAGGAAAGUUUGUUUGUUGUUGUUGCAUUCAAAUUUAAUUUUUGUAGAACUAUAGCUUUUAUACUCGAAUCUAUUUUUUCUAUUCUUAGCCAUUUAUUAUUUUGUUUAGUUGUAGACAGUUUAUCAGUUGUUGUUAUUGUUGACUUUUUUUUUUUUUUUUGUACAUACUCUCAGAAAUCCAACUUCAGCAUUCUUUCUGACUGAAUGUAGAAAACAAGUGGGGUUAAUAGUCUUAGAUACUUAAGAUAAUUUUUAAGGAAAUGAAGUACAUUGCAUACACAUGAUCAGCUACUUUCCGGUGAUUGUGAGGGAUACAAAGGCAGAAACAGCAGAAAGUUCUACAAAGUAGAAAUUAAAGACUGCAAUCUUCUUAAAAGUACCUACAUAAUUUAGUGGAUGUUGCAAGGAGGACAUUGUGCAUGCCCCAGGCAACUGGUUGCUACAGGCCGCGUAAAGUGAAAGCUUUCAAGAAGUGUAAAUGCAUGUGGAUUAUUAGUAAAGGUACGACAUAUGACACUGAAGAGGCACCACAGUUAAUGUUAGAGAAAAUUCCAUGAUAGACACAUAUUGUGAUAUGAACACAGUGGAAUGAUCGGUUGUGGAUAACAAUGUCCACAUAGGUGAUUGUUUAAAGGUGUUAAAGAGGUGUAUGCAAAACUUGUCAGAAACAAACAAAAAUCAAGCAAGGAGUCUUGUGAAGAAGAUACAAAACCCCACCCGUUCAACACAAAGUGAUACCACGCUAUGAAAUAUGAACCAGUAGUUUUCUGCAUAUUGAAGUUUAAAUUCAGCUUUUAUAACGUUGGAUCUUGUUCUGAAAAGUGUUUUCUAGUGUUUGUACAGUUCACUCAACAUUUACACCAUGCAACAUCAAUCAUUAAAUUGUUUUUAUUUCAAAG